AUGGUUGAUGAGGAGGGCAAUUUACAAAGUGAAGAAAUCGAAGGAGGAACUAAGAGACUAUUGUUAAAAAUAAGAAAUGAAAAACAAAAUGAAGAAAUAUUAAAAAAAGCGAUAAAUGAAUAUGAACAAACAAUUGAAGUUAUAUCCAACUUAACAAAAAAAUUAAAUUACCGAAUUAUUAUCCCAUUUUCUAAAGUGGCUUUUUAUGAAGGGGAAAUAAAAUAUACAAACAACGUGUAUCAAGAUAUUGGUUGUAACACCUACUGUGAAAGGACAGCAGAAAAGGCUCAAGCAUUUCUUGAAAAAAAAUUAAAAUUUUAUCAAGAUAAAUAUAAAAUUGUCAAUGAUGCUAUAAACAAAUUAACAAAAGAACUUGAACUCUCUUUAGAACUUAAUUACAAUUUAAAUUAUGAAAAAGACGAAGAGGAAAAAGCGAGUCUAAAUAAUGUGUUUGUGCGUCCAGAUGGAUUUUUAGAAAUUCGUGAAGAAUAUCAUGAAAGUGAAGACGAAGAAUAUUUGGCCAAAAUCAGAAAAAGAAAUUACCUCAAAAAUGAACCAAACGAAGAAGCACAAGCACCAAAACGGGAAUAUCAUGACGAUGACCAUCAUACUACGAUAACGAACUCAUGCAAACAAAAACAGGAUAGAGACAAUCUUACUUCAAACAGUGUUAGUACAGAAGUGUGCAAAUCUAUUUCAACGAAUAAAAAUGAUAAGAACAAAUGUUUGCAAAAUAAAGAACAAAGUACUUGUAGAGAAAAGGACAAUAACUCAUCUAAAAUGAAAUCCUUGAAUGUUAACGAGCACGGAUUUUUAAAUAUAAAAGAAAACUACACCAGUAGUAGUGAUAGCGAAUGUGUCCAGUGA